CGACGAGUUCUCGAGAAAAUUUAAUGUUGCGGUAAAUUGAAAAAAGAAAAAAUCUGCUUGCCCCUGCUGUUGGAGGAUCCCAAGUUUAAAAAUCAUUUCGAGCAGCAACACGCCAAGGAAUACGAGGAGCUGUGCAAAUUAUGCAACGCCGCUCACGAGGAUGCGUGUGCUGGAAAAAACGACGAGCCUCUCCAAGUUGCCGUGUACGAGGAUCACCCGAGACGCAAACUCCGGUGGACGGGGAUUUUGGACGCCCUGAGCAAACACGAAGACGACGUUUUGUCGAUGACGAGGGACAACGAGGACUUUCGCCGUAACUACGAGCUCAUCGUCGAUCGCGUGGGCCUACUGAGAGGGAUCGCGGAGCAUCGGAUGAAAUUGACACCGGACCAACUGCGCGCGCGAAAAGUCGAGCUGCGCAACGCCGAAGCCACCAUAAUCGAACUGUCGGAGAGGAUUGAAAGUCUCGAGACCAGUUACGCCGAGGAAACAUUGAGGUACGAGAGCGCCAUGGAAAAAUCUCGAGGGGAAAUUGCCGAUCUGAGCGUCACGAUCAGUGAAACGGAGGAGAGGCGCGGCAAGGAGUUCGAGCGGAAAAUAAAAAACUGCGAGGCAAGGCUGCUGGUAUUGGUGAGCGAUGCCAGAGAAGACGCGAGCAACGCCGAGAACCAGCUGAGAGCUCACGAGAGGAUGCUGGAUGAGUUGACGAGGGUCCACCUGGAGCAGGAGAAGUUGCUGAGGGAGCAAUGUAAAGUGACGGAGAAUAAACGCCAGGCAGCUCGAAAAGCUUACGACGAGGACCUGACCGCGUUGAACGAGCUGAGGGACAAACUGGCGGAGCAGUUGCGAUCGGUUGCCGCGAGUUACGAAACUCUAAAGAACGAGCACGACGCGCUGGCCGAUCUCCACGCGAGGCUCAAGAGCGAACGAGAGCUCGCGAUCAUGCGAGUGUUCGCCGAGCAGUUGGAGCACUUUGAGAAGAGCCGGGCGGCUCGCCUGAUCCAGCGCACUUGGAGGGCGUAUCGUCAGCGCGCACAGGCGGCCAGGAAGAAAAAGAAGACGCGUAGAGCCAAAUCGUGA